GACGCCCCCUGUGGCGAUUGAAAAGUGAGAGUUGGAUCGACAUCGGCAUCGGCACAUGUGGAAGAGGCGGAGAUCCAAGCCAACAGUUGUACGCGAGGCGCCAUAGUUAGCGGACGUGUCCAGCACAGCGAUCUCUCCCAAGUCCCCAGACUCAACCCCAAGAGAACUCUAUUCGAAAUUCGAAUCCGAAAUGAAUCCGUCGGUGCUAAUUGUGGCCCUCGCCUGUCUGGGAGCCGCGUCAGCAUUCCCCCAACUGAGGCAGCGCAACGAGAAGCAGGUCCAGACCGGCGAAGUUGAUUUGCCCUCGAAGGGUGCGACUAUUGAGGAAGUGGUAGUGGAAUCCGCCCUAUACAUCAAGCCAAAGUCCAAUCCGCAGGUGCGACGCGUGCGCUCUGCUCUAGAAUCGGGCAUAUAUGCCACCCACAAGAGGGUGAAGCGUCAAUUUGGCCGACAAUUCGGUAAUCAGUAUGCUGGAAAUCCAGGCUUCGGAAGCGGUUUUGGUGGAAACCAGGGCUUCAGAGGAAAUCAGGGCUUUGGAGGCGGUUUUGGUGGAAACCAAGGAUUCGGUUCAAACGUUCAGGCAGGCACAACGGCCGGAUCUGGCGGCACCAAGGCGGGCGUUGAUGUUGGAGCCGGACCAAACGGCGGCAAUGCUAAUGCCAAUGUCCAGCUAAACCCGCUCGGACCCCUUGGACCCAAUGGCUACAAUCAGGAACAGGCUGCCUCCAAUGGUGCUGCCAAUAGUCACUACAACAAUGGACCUAACUCCGGCUCCUCGGCUGCCAUUGGACAAGCGCAGGGCUUCCAGUCGCAGAGUGCCAACGGAUCAUUUGGUGCCUCCUCGGCCAGCACAGCCACCCAGUCGCAAAAUAUCAACCCCUUUGGCACUAAUAAUGCUGCUGGUGCCUCACUGAGCCAGGUUUAUCACCUGCCCAACGGACAGACCAUUAACUUUAGCUCCACGAACAGCUUCGCCAAUGGAGGAGCCAACAAAGGCAGCAGCCAUGGAUCGGCGGUUUCUGUGAGCCGUUAAUUGCCAUAGUCAGUUUAUCCUGGGAAUCGAAUAUUUGUGUGAAAAUAUGUUUGAAUAAAUAUUUAUGAUCAAGUAAA